AUGGCAAAAAGGGGUGCGUUUAUUGUUAUCGAGGGACUUGAUCGGUCCGGGAAAACGACGCAAACGACGCUUCUGCACGAUCGGCUCGUAAAAUGCGGAAUUAGCGUCAACCUCUACAAGUUUCCCGAUAGGACCACAUCGACAGGAAAGAUGAUCGACUCGUAUUUACGCUCUCAAUCGGAAGUGGACGACCGCGCUAUCCAUCUGCUUUUUUCUGCCAAUCGCUGGGAAGCGGCUGAAAACAUGAUUCAAGAACUUAAGUCGGGAAUAACUAUCGUCUGUGAUCGAUAUGCAUUUUCGGGAAUUGCUUUCUCGGCUGCUAAAGCUCUUCCCCCCCUAUCAACUCCCAGUCCCGGAGACGUGUCCACCCCGGCUGAGACACCCCGAACACUCACCUAUGAAUGGUGCCGAGCACCAGAUACAAAUCUGCCGUCCCCAGACCUUGUACUUUUUCUUGACGUCUCCCCUGAAGUGCAAAAAUCACGAGGAGGCUAUGGCGAGGAAAGAUAUGAGAAGGAAGAUGUGCAGCGGCGUGUUAGAUCAGUAUUCAGACGAAUCGAAUCUGAGUUCCAUCAAGAGAGCGAGAGUGGAGCAAAGACAUUACGAUGGAUCCAUAUAGAUGCGGGACGGACAUUGGAUGAAGUCAGUGAGGACAUCUGGAGUGGCGUCGAACCACUAACCGGAGGCGUAGAAGAAGCGCUUGCACGCUUAUGGAGCGGGACACCAUGA